UGAAAACUGAAAAGUUGAAAAACCCAAAAGACUCAAACGAAAAACAAACCCACUCGAGACCCACUGAAAAUUGUUGAAAACAACGCGAGUGUCUGUAAAAUAGCACCCCAAUUUUUUUUUGCCGUGUAAGAGUGUAAGAGGAAGAGAAUGGAUCGGGAGCUGAACGGGGCGAUGAGGAGCGUGUCCAUAAAUAGCGCCCAACAGAAUGGUCACAAUAACGGUGUAGCUAAUGCUACCGCUGGCGUUGAUGAAACGGACCGCGUGGGCGUGGCACCAGGAGGCGGCGGCGUACUGAGCAAUGCGACAGCGACAAAAUCGCUGGCAACCACAAAUGUGGCUGGCAAACAACAACCCACAGAAACGCAAAAAAAUUCAACUAAAUUCCCGCAGAGCCCGCAGCAAAUUGCACUCUUGUCCGCUGCCGAGAAAACAAAGAUGGUGCACGAGUUAUGUCAGCAGCUGCUAUUGGCCGACGAUCAGGUGCAGGAGCUGUGCUAUCGCAUCCUACACGAGCUGCGCCGCGGACUGGCUAAGGAUACGCAUCCCAAGGCGAAUGUCAAGUGCUUCGUUACGUAUGUCCAGGAUCUGCCCAAUGGCAAUGAGCGCGGCAAGUUCCUGGCCCUCGAUUUGGGUGGCACCAACUUCCGGGUGCUGCUCAUCCAUCUGCAGGAGAACAACGACUUCCAGAUGGAGUCCCGCAUCUAUGCCAUACCGCAGCACAUCAUGAUCGGCAGUGGCACGCAGCUCUUCGAUCACAUAGCCGAGUGUUUGUCCAACUUUAUGUCCGAGCAUAAUGUGUACAAGGAGCGACUGCCCCUGGGCUUCACCUUCUCCUUCCCCCUGCGCCAGUUGGGCUUGACCAAGGGUCUCCUGGAAACCUGGACCAAGGGGUUUAACUGUGCAGGAGUCGUGAACGAGGAUGUGGUUCAGCUGCUGAAGGAUGCCAUUGCCAGGAGGGGCGACGUUCAGAUCGAUGUGUGCGCCAUCCUGAACGACACCACGGGCACCCUGAUGAGCUGCGCCUGGAAGAACCACAACUGCAAGAUCGGCUUGAUCGUGGGCACCGGAGCGAAUGCCUGCUAUAUGGAGCGCGUGGAGGAGGCGGAACUCUUUGCCGCCGAGGAUCCGCGCAAGAAGCAUGUCCUCAUCAACACCGAAUGGGGUGCCUUUGGCGAUAAUGGAGCCCUGGACUUUGUACGCACCGAAUUCGAUCGGGAUAUCGAUGUGCAUAGCAUCAAUCCCGGCAAGCAGACCUUCGAGAAGAUGAUCUCGGGCAUGUAUAUGGGUGAAUUGGUUCGCCUUGUCCUGGUUAAGAUGACCCAGGCGGGCAUACUGUUUAACGGGCAGGAUUCGGAGGUUUUGAACACCCGCGGCCUGUUCUUCACCAAGUAUGUGAGCGAAAUUGAGGCCGAUGAGCCGGGUAACUUCACCAAUUGCCGACUGGUGCUGGAGGAGCUGGGCCUGACCAAUGCCACCGAUUCGGAUUGCGCCAAUGUGCGCUACAUCUGUGAAUGCGUCUCGAAGCGGGCCGCCCAUUUGGUGUCCGCCGGCAUUGCCACGCUGAUCAAUAAAAUGGAUGAACCGACGGUGACGGUGGGCGUCGAUGGGAGUGUGUAUCGCUUCCAUCCCAAGUUCCAUAACCUGAUGGUCGAGAAGAUAUCGCAGCUGAUCAAGCCGGGCAUCACCUUUGACCUCAUGCUCUCCGAGGACGGUUCGGGUCGCGGAGCAGCGCUGGUGGCGGCCGUCGCCUGUCGCGAGGACAUACUCAGUGGCAAGAGGAAGUAGGAUCAGGAUCA